AUGCCUAAACCAACUAUUUUGAUUCGCCAAUCUCUAUUCCACCAACCACGACGGCAUAUUGCCGGCUCUUCAUCUCAAAGGACUUCCACAUCUCCUCAGCGUCGGAAUGUGGCUGCUCCGAGGCUCGCCACGUCUGCUGCUCGACCCUUCAACGAGAUCCCAGGACCGAUCGCCUUACCUAUGCUGAGGCAUUCGGCUCAUGUAUUGCCUAGAAUUGGUAGUUACCACCAUACUGUUGGACUGGGUUUGCUGGAAGGUCUUCGCGAUAAGUAUGGGGACCUGGUACGGCUGGCGAAGGCAUCCAGGUCUAGGCCGGUUCUGUACGUCUUCGAUCCUGAGAUGAUGAGAGAGGUAUAUGAAAGUUACGCUACAGAGCCUCCACGCUUCGAAAAAUCCCCGCUUUGUCAACAUAGGAAGGUUGUGGGCCACUGUCCAGUACACGGAGAUGAGAACAAAGCUAUUUGGGCUGCAAUUCGCGCGCUCUUACAAGAUGGCAGCCUACUGAAGUGCUACGAUCAAGCCUUCGAUGGCAUUGCUGCUGAUAUAACAAGGAGACUGGGGGACCUGCGUCACGCAGAAAACGCUUUGAACGAAGAAUUGGAGACUGAAAUCUACCGGUGGGCCAUCGAGACUAUCGGCAUGAUGAUCUUUGGCAUUCGACUGGGAUGCCUUGACGGUGCUGUGCAUAUACCUACUGCUGAUAACCAGAAACCAGAAAAAACCUCAAUGGAUGACGAGAUCCACGACCUCUGUUCGUUGGCAAAGCGUUCCCUAGAAGAACUGACCCCUGCAGAAAGGCUGGUGCGAUGCAGCCGAGACAUAGCUGAUGGCAGCUUCCUGGUCAGGAGUGAAGGGACCCUGAACCCUGAGAACCCCACCUUCAACAGUGCUUUAAAAGCCUUUGAUAGACAUUUUACGCUCACAGAACAUUUCCUGACGAAGGCACUGAACUCCCUCAACUCCGAAGAGUUGAGGCCCGAACAGGUUUUACUCGACAAGUUGCGACCAUUGCAGAGGCGAAUCCUGCCUCUAGCUGCUGAUAUAUUACUCGCCGGCGUUCACCCUCUCGCCCAAACAGCUCUGAACAUGUUCUACCAACUAUCUCUACACGCGGCUCGUCAGCAAAGGGCACAUGACGAGGUGCACUGGUCCAUAGCAUCCAGGGAGGCUGGGUGUGACACACCCGAACUGCCCUACGUAGCUGCCUGUGCCAGAGAAGCUAUGAGACUCCACCCAGCCACAGGAGGAGUAGUGAGGAGGAAUAAGGAACCUAUCAUUGUUGGAGGCUAUGAAAUUCCUGCUGGGGUGGAUAUAGUCCUCGCCCACGGCGUUACAAGCAAAUCAGAGAAGCAAUGGGGAAGGGCAAAGGCCUUCGUUCCAGAAAGAUGGUGCAGUGAAGGUUGGGAGCCUUUAAAAGCUUCCAGAGCCCAUCCAUUAGCCUCUAUGCCCUUUGGAGAAGCCUGUCCAGGUACCGGCGCAGUUGGAAAAAUGCUAUCGUCACUAACAACUAGAGUGUUGGACAAAUACAGGCUAGAAUGGCACGGACCUGCCCCAAGUAUGGCCACCGUUGGAGUCAACAGAAUGCAUCCGCCUUAUUAUUUCGUUCUGCAGAAUGCUGCUUGA